ACACUACUCGCAACCAAUUGUAGUCUUUGCUCGCAACACACACAUUGCAACACACAAUUAAAUGUGGAAAUGUAAACGGCAUCCGCAUAGGUUAGUAAAGUCUAGGACUAGCUCAGACUUCAGCUUUCCUGAGAAGACUUUGUGAAGAGGAAAUUUAAUUUACAACCAUCCGAAUCAAAUUAAAAAGAUGAGUGGUGAAAUAGUGAAAAUGCGAAAGCAGCUUGGGCUGCUUGAAGGAGUAGCUAUCAUUUUAGGUAUAAUAUUCGGUAGUGGUAUUUUUAUAUCACCUAAAGAGGUUUUGGAUAAAACUGGGUCAGUUUGGGGCGCACUCUCUGUAUGGGCUGCUUGUGGAGGUCUCGCUACCCUAGGAGCCAUGUCUUACGCCGAAUUAGGUACAACGUUGGCACAAAGCGGAGGUGAUUAUCACUACAUCAAUGAAGCUUACGGACCUUUACCAGCGUUCCUCUACCUAUGGGAUGCCAAUUUAGUUUUUGUACCAACUACCAACGCUAUAAUGUCACUGACAUUUGCAAACAAUAUAUUGGAUCCAAUUUUCCCUGACUGUCCCAUUGAUCCUAUAUGCAGGAAACUUAUAGCAGCUGCUACAAUAUGUUUUCUCACAUUCAUAAAUGCCUACGACGUCAAAUUCACGACUCGCAUACAAAAUGUAUUCAUGUUCACGAAGAUCACGGCGUUGGUCAUCAUUAUUAUGGGAGGCAUCGUCUGGAUGAGCAAAGGAGGUACGGAACACUUUGAGGAUGGCUGGGGUGGCACAAAGUCUUCGAUAAGCGAUUGGUCAGUCGCAUUCUACUCCGGUAUUUUUUCCUACUCGGGCUGGAAUUACUUGAACUUCAUGACUGAGGAGCUAAAGGAUCCAUUCGUGAAUCUCCCUCGCGCAAUCUACGUAUCGUUGCCGAUGGUCACCGCCAUAUACCUACUGGCGAAUGUUUCGUACUUGGCCGUGCUGGGACCUGUAGGGGUACUGGCGACUGAAGCCAUAGCUGUGGACUUUGCUGUAAGCUGCCUGGGUUUCCUGAAAUGGGCGAUGCCUACCCUUGUCGCUAUCGCCGUGUUGGGUGGUCUCACGGUGCACAUUAUGACGUCAUCACGCAUGUGCUUCGCCGGAGCCCGCAAUGGACACAUGCCCGAAUUGUUGGCGCACAUCAAUGUCAAGUGUAUGUCUCCCCUGCCUUCGCUUGUAUUCUUGAUGCUGAUAUCAAUAAUAAUGCUGAUCCCGGAUAACCUGACGACGCUGAUCACAUACUGCACGGUCGUGGAGUCCUUCUUCACCACGCUUAGCUGCAGCGCCGUGCUCUGGCUCCGGUACAAGAGACCCGACUUGCCCAGGCCUAUUAAGGUGCAACUUUGGAUGCCGAUAGUAUUUGUGAGCAUCAGCGCAGUGCUGUUAGUGGUGCCGGUGGUGAGUGAGCCGGUGGCCGUCAUUGCUGGCGCUCUCAUGACGCUCGCCGGGGUACCAGUCUACUUCGGCCUCGUUAGAUCCAAACCACAAUGUAUUGCCACUGCUUCAACAACAUUCACGCAUUGCUGUCAAAAACUGUUCCUGUCUGCAGUUGAAGAAAAAGAAGAUUAAAAUGAAAAAGAAUACUCAAGUAUGUCUACUUUUUGUUCUCGAAUAUGUAAGAUUUAGAUACAUACGUAGUAUAUACCUAUUAUAGUAUUGCUAUCAUAAUUACGAGUUACUUUUGAGUAACGGCCAGUUCGUAGAAGGUUUUGUGAAUAUGUUAUGCGGCCUGUCUGUAUAUAAUUAACUUAUAAAGCACACUAUUCUGGUGUCAUAGCUAAUAGGCAUGUCAAUAGUAUAAAAACAGAGUCUCAUAUUUAAGGCUAAUCUAAAAGACAGCCCAGUCACUUCUAUAUUAGUCAUGCCCAUUUUAAUGUGGAACUAUUUUGAAUAUAAACUCUUUUGCAAAAAAAGCGGGCAAUCUGAAUCUUGGUUUUAAUGACUGGAAUAUGUUACUAGCAACAAAAUUGUUAGCUCAGCAUCCGUCAUAGCGUAUUGUAAAUUAGAUUUUUUGAGAAACGAGUGUUUAUUACCUUUUCAAAUAAAAAAGUACUUUAGUAUUAAUAGUCUUUAAGCGUAUUUAUAGUCCAUUUAUUCGCCGGUUGUGUCAAAAAAAUCUUUACCUACUUUUCAACAGUGGAAAAUAUUUGGAUUUUUUUCAAAAUAAAUAUAAGUAGCCAUUCUUUAUUACUUGCAGUUGCCAUCGUGGUAAAAGUUUUUACGAGUAUAGAACACUGUUAAAAUAGUGAUUUCUGAUAUUUUUUUAUCAGAAAUUAACUGCCAUUGUCAAUAAAUUAUUAAUGUAGAUACUAAAAAUACAAAUUUUGAAUUAAAAUAUGAAUUGUGUAAACGUUGAAGACUCUUAACAUGUACAGUUCCCUAGCAUUACCCUAUUUAUAGCAUUUUUCAAUAAUACGGUUUAUUAUUAUCGAGUGAUCCGUUUUAUGAUAUAGAGGCUUUCACUGAAGGGAAUGCACAUACGUAUGUAUAACCGAAUACAAGAAUAUGAUUUGACCAAUAUGUAAUACUGUCAUUUCAUAUUUAAGGAAGAUUUAUCUCCUCUCUGCUAAUGUAGCUGCUGCUUAAGGUCCCGUAGUAGAGACAUCGCCGAAACCCCCAAGGAUCUCUGUCCAGAGUUCCCCGCAACUCCGCAUUGGCCACCUCCGUGGCCUGGAUGAUGGCUAAUUGUAUUGCGGUCUUCGCAGCUCUGUAUCCCUCGUACAGCUCUGCUUCCCUGGCCUACGCAACUGGAGGGCCGAUGCGAAGCCUGCGGUGUCUGGUCUGACGCAAGCCUCUCGAAUAGAGGCUAUCUCGCUGGACCACCAGUGCACCUGGCGUAGAUACGAUGGUUUUUUAGUCAGUAAAAAUCUGACACUCCCUUACCGCUGCUUACCCACAGCGGGAGGGGUCAUUUAAUGAUUUUUGCCAUCGCAAAAAAAAAAAGUACCGUGGUAGUACGUAACAAGUAGCCUACAUUAUGUAAACAAUUAUAUAAUAAAAUUGAUGUUCGUACAUCUCCCUGAACUUCUAAGAGUCCAUUUAGUCGGUGUGAAGUUCGCCGGGUCUCCCCUAGAUACUCCUAAAACCGAAAUGUAGACAUAACUAAUAAUAAUAAUUAUGAAUGGUACUAUAUAGACUUUAAUAAAAUAAUAAUUACUGUCAGACUACAUAAAUGGUCCCGUAAGUUAAUCACAAUUGCUGUAAUAAUCCCUAAUAGACGUUAGUGCAUAACGUGUUGCGGUUUUUUAGCGCACCUACGAUUGUGAAUCUUCUAAGACUGAAGCAAGUUAUUUGUACAUUUUAGCGAUAGAACGCAACAUUAUGUAGAAAAUAUGCUCGUCUAAGCUGAAAUGGCGCGCUCCACUACCGCAUUUUUAGUGCGUGUACCGUAAAUAAAUGCGAUAGUGCCAUUGUAAUAUAUAUCUCGAUAUUAAUAUUAACACAGUAAACAGCUGCUAUGUAAACGCGCUUAAAGAUGGAAAAUUAAACAUGCGGAGUAUUUGAUGCACUCAGAUGAGUGUAAAAGUUACCGGCAAACUGUAUAAUCCGGUAUUAUACACGAUACCAAAAUAAUGUAUAAAAUACCUGAACAUUUGUAGAUAAUGUAAGAAAUACUGUUUAUUUUAUACUUUGUCUAGGUAUUCUAUACAAGACUGAAUGCGCAACCGAUAAAGUAGGUACAUUUGUAUAAGACGAGAUGCAAGGACGGAGAGGACUCAUUUAUAGCUUGUCUAACCUGAAGUAAUAAUUAAUAACAGAUUGCCGGUAACAUAAAUAUUUUCUUAAUUAAGAUGUUCCUUUGUUUUUAUAUUUUUUGUUUGCGCUUUUUAUAUUCAAUUCGGAUUGGCUAUUAAUCGGACUGAUGCUUCCGUGUACUAAAAUUGUGCCUUAAUUUAUACCAUUUGCUUGCUGCGAGCUAAGGUUUCUUAAUUUUAAUAUUCUCGGUCAAAAUCGAUAUCGGAUUCGUUAUAAUUAAUAAGCUCUCUUUGUAUGAUAUAAUUAUUGUAUCUCAAUCCAGCUAAAUGUGAUGUAGUACCAAAUAAAGUAUUUUAUUAUUAAUAUUCUAGAAAUCAAAAUAUUAAAAUUUGGAGCUUAUAUCGGUACUUAUAUUUGUAAAAAAAUGUGCGAGAUCUUUUAUCGUGUACAUAUUUAUAUUGUGUAAUAUUUAUCUGUGAAAUUUAACUUUUGUGGAUGAAAAAUCUUUACUAUUUCUAUCAACUUUAUUUGAUUACUAAAGAAAAUUGUUAUUAAGGAACAAUACUCACGUACACGUAGGAUAUCGUACAACGUUUUCGUACGUUGUAAACUUGUUGUAUUCAUGUC